UAACUUUGCAUGUGUGUGUAUGUUUGUGUGUGCGUGUGCGUGUGAGUGUGCUUGUGUGUCUCUCUUGCAGAUGGUGACAAACAUUUGCAGAAGAUGGCUAGAGAGCAGCAGAAGAGAAAGGUGAGCCUAGCAGCAGUGCUGGGCUGUGUUGCUCUUCUAGGCUUGCUAGUUUGCUGUAUCCUGCUGCUUUCACAGUCCUUUCAGAUGCAGGAGGUACAAAGGGAGUUGGUGAAGCUAAGAGAACAAAUUGAGUCCAAUAGGAGGCCGUUACAAGCAGCCAGUCGGGAAGAACAUACAUCUCAACCAUGCAUGGUCACUUGUAGCCCUCCGCCCCUAGGAGAUGAAGACACAUUUCUAGGGAAAAAUGCAUUUCGAGCAAGGAGGCAGUCGGGAAAAGAUGGACGGGGACCUUCAGGAAGGAGACGAUCUGUAGUUCAUCUUGUCCCGUUGUCCACACAAACAAACGAAGACCUGGACCUUACCGAAAUCGAGUGGAAAAUCGGCAUCAAGCAAGGGGGAGCCUUUGAAGUGAACCAUACAACGCUUACCAUUAAAGACAGUGGACUGUAUUACGUAUACAGUCAGGUCUUGUACAAAGAUAUGACCUUUGUCAUGGGUCACGUCAUAAUGAAGAGAACAGUUGGAGACCACACCAGCAAUGAAGUCACACUUCUGAAAUGUAUACAGAGCAUGCCCAGUACGAAAGAGCAAGCUUUCAAUACUUGUUACAGUGCAGGGAUGUACUUCUUAGAGAAAGGGUCUGUACUCCAGCUUUCUGUUCCUCGCUUUAAUGCUGGCAUUGUGCUUGAGGAUCACUCUACCUUCAUGGGACUGAUAAAGCUUUAGCUGGAAACAGCAGCAACACCUCAUAGAGCUUUAAUCUAAAGCUGCUUGGACAUGCUGAGUGGACAUAUAUCUAGGAAACAGCAAUAAAAAAAACAAGACUGGGUUUCAUGGCGUAAGUAUUUCCAUUUUGAACAACACCAUCAAAAGAAAUCUCAGAAAGUUCAGUCAGCUGCACCUCGGCUACACUGUAGGCCAAAAUUCAUGGCUAGCUGCCUCACACCUUCUGCACUUAACCUUUACUUAUGAAAUCAGAACUGAAACUCAUAGACAUGCUGGAUGAUGGAUUUAUCCUCAGGGAAUCUGAUGCAUUUUAGAAUUAAUGGCAUUGAAGUGCUUGUUUUCAUCUUUAUUUUUAUUUUUUUCUCUCAAUUUAGAAACAAUUCAAAAAUUAUAAUUUGAAUAAAAAAGCCCUUGUUAUGAAGUGAAGACCAGAUUGAGAAAUGUACUGUUUAUGUACAUGUUCAAGUCUAGUCAAGUCAAGUGGCUUUAUUGUUCUACAUAUGCAAGCAAGAUUUUUCUGCCAUGUACUGUACAGUCCAAGGCCUGGGCAAGACAAAGACAAAUUUCCAUCUUCUUCACCCUUCUCCACAUUUUUUUCCUCUUAUUGGAAUUAUAGGUCUACGUGUAUGGACCUACAGCUUGGAUGGGGUGCCACACCAAAAUGUCAACACUGAACCCAAGAAUAUUAAAAGAAAACUGGUUCAAUUAACCAAAAGACAAACUUACAAACUCUGCGAAGGCUGUAACAUAUCCCAGUCUGAAAUCUAAGUACAGUGAGACUUCGUCACUGAAACAUGCACCAUGCUGACCAAGAUUUGCAGAGAGUUUACUUACUAUGCCUGACCCUUACCUGAUUUAAACACUCAGAGCAAACUUCCAUCCAUCCAUCCAUUUUCCAACCCGCUGAAUCCGAACACAGGGUCACGGGGGUCUGCUGGAGCCAAUCCCAGCCAACACAGGGCACAAGGCAGGAACCAAUCCUGGGCAGAGUGCCAACCCACCGCAGAGAGCAAACUUUAUGUGGUUAAAUAUUUUGCUGGUUCCCCUUUACACUAAAGUUAAACAUUUUGCAGUCUUAAACUACUCUUCUGCUUUAAUACAUGAGUGAAAUCAAGACCCUGGACCGGAUAUCUGAAGCUGUUAUCACUCAGAUAAUGAAGAUUGCUGUCCCUGAUUCGUCUCACUUUAUCAUUUUGUUGCAUUCUUUACGUCCAGUAUCAGUUUUUCAUUUCCUUACCACAAUGCACAGAUGGCUACAUAGAUGCUGUUUCAUUCUUUCACAUCACUAAGCCAGUCCCCAUUUCAAUAGAAGAUAAACAGGCAUCUUACUCUAAUAAGUCAAAAGUGCAAUUCCCCCACUUGUCAAUGCAGGCACAUUACCACCUGUGCUCAAAAGCAGAACCAGGGAAUCAAAGUAAUAAAUUAGCACUUAAACUCAGUAACUAAAAUUCAGGGUAUCUAAUUUUAAAAAUCACACUUUUAGCUGAAAAAUAAUUUAUAGGAAAAAUGCACCCAAUAAUGAGAAUCAGAAAAUUAGAGAGUUUUUAUGUGAGGAAUUGCCAUCUGAACUUGUAAUAUGUAAACCAGGGAACUGUGGCAAGAAACUGGAAAACAGAAGCAUAAUCUGAAGACUUGGGAAUCAAAAUUAAAAAUCUACUACAUCUACUAGUUAGGCUUUUGUAGUAUGAAUUUAAAAAGUACUACGAAUCUGUGGCUAAAAAAUAUACAAGUGAGAUUUAAAAAAAUCACCUAUUAUUUAAAAACCAUGAACCUUAAAGAUGUGUGAAAAAAUGAUAACCUGAACCAGUAAUUACAGAUGAGAAAAUGAACACAAAAUAUCGACAUCAGGUCUCAGAUGUAUGCUUUGUGGAAUCAGAAUUUGAUAACUAGAGAAUGAAGGUUAAAAAUUUGUGCAAUCAAUAUCUGAACAUAAAGGAACUGAAGUGAAAAUGUCAUCUUG